UGAGCGGCAGAGCAGCGCGAGCGCAGACGGGUACAAUGUCACUGGAGAGAUGUCAAAGUGAAUGGGCAGAAAUCGAGCAGGAAUAUCAACAAUUACAGGAAACGCACAAAGUAUACAGACAGAAGCUAGAAGAGUUGACAAACCUCCAGGCGAUGUGCAGCAAUGCCAUUGACAAACAGAGAAAGGGCCUUAAAGACAUCAAGCAAAGUCUUCAUAAGUGCGCAAAUACCGGCGCGGACAACGAGUCUGAAGUUAUAAAGAAUAUACAGGGACAAAUUAAAGAAAAGCAAAGUGUCUUUUCUGACAUGGAGGCCUAUUUGCCAAAGAAAAAUGGAUUGUAUUUAAACUUGGUCCUGGGAAAUGUGAAUGUUACGCUGCUCAGCAACCAAGCCAAGUUCGCAUACAAAGAUGAAUAUGAAAAGUUCAAACUUUAUAUGACUAUAAUACUAAUGUUUGGUGCCGUUACAUGCCUCUUUCUUCUCAACUAUCGGGUGAUUGAUGAAAUCUUCAACUUUUUAUUGGUGUGGUACUAUUGCACAUUGACAAUUAGGGAAAGUAUCCUGAUAAACAAUGGCUCGCGAAUUAAAGGCUGGUGGGUUUUACAUCAUUAUGUCUCGACCUUUUUAUCAGGUGUCAUGUUGACAUGGCCAGAAGGUCCGAUGUAUCAGAUGUUUAGAAGUCAGUUCUUGGCCUUCUCCAUUUAUCAGAGUUGUGUGCAGUGUCUUCAGUAUUAUUAUCAGAGUGGCUGCUUGUAUCGGUUACGAGCUCUGGGGGAAAGAAACCAGUUGGAUCUUACAGUGGAAGGUUUUCAGUCAUGGAUGUGGAGGGGGCUCACGUUUGUUCUUCCGUUUCUGUUCUUUGGCCAUUUUUGGCAGCUGUACAAUGCUGUGGCCCUUUUUAAUCUGUCUGCCCUUGAAGACUGCAAAGAGUGGCAGGUGUUCAUGUUGGCCUUGACAUUUCUCGUCCUGUUCCUGGGGAAUUUUCUCACUACAUUGAAAGUGGUCCAUCACAAAAUCCAGAAGAACAAAAACAAGAUCAAAAAGAACUGAUGAGAGGUUGAAUGUAAGAGUUCUCACCCGACGAGUCUGCUGCGGAACACUGAACUAAACUCCAAAGCGCACAAACUUGUUUGGUCUCUCGAUGUUCUGUCUGGGUGUCGCAGGAGCUGUUUGAUAGGGGCGGUGUCAGACGGUAUUGCGUUCCAAAAUCAUCGACGGCGGCAGCGGAAACUCAAGAUUGUGUGUCAAGUUGCCCUUUUGUAGCGUGUUGUUUUUGCUGUUAUUUAUGCAAUCACAGCUAGUAGAGGCUAACGUGUGAGUUAGAAACCACUGAAAACCUUCACUGUUUAAAACGCUGUAGUCUAAAUACCAGAGGAUUCACUUUUAUUUUGCUCCUGUGCAUGAAGAUGUUUACAAAAAGCCACAUUUAAACUUUAUGCAAUACAGCUGCAAGGUUUGUAGAGCUGCUAGUUGGUUAAAGUGUCUCAAAGGGAUUUUUAACAAAGCUGGAUAGUCAUUAAUGUGCAACAGAAUAAAUACUUACUCUCCUUCGAGACAUUUAAACUAAAGUUCAUGCAUUCAGUGUUGUGGGGGAAAGAAUUUUAAUAAAGUCACAAAUGCGUUUCGGCACGUUUUAGCUUGUCAGUGCAGUUAAGCGAGGUCGGAUGCUUAAAGUUGUGUCAAGGUCACGUGAUAAUAUCUGACACCCUAAAAAUGGAUUUGUACUUUUAAUAAUGGCAAUAAAGCUCCAUUUACGUUUCAUAGUAGUAAAUUUGAGUUGGAACAAAGCGUUUCCAUUUUUCGGCUCAUAAUUUAAAAGCAUAGAUAUUCAGCUGCUUUAAAAGUUAAAGAAUUGCUGAAUAACUGUUUUCAGUCAACUGUAAGUUUGUGAAUGCUGAUACAGUUGCAUCUGAUAAGGGGAGCUGUGCUGGUUCUGGAGCCUGUAUCAUUUUGCCAAUGUCUACUUUUACUGACCAUUGUAAUAUGUCAACAAAGGGAGAUAUUGUUGCCUAAUAAUGCAGCGUUUUUGAUUCGGGGAACUUGCUGACAAAACUUUUUUGAAUAUCUCUGAGCAAGAAAUUUAGUUGCUGGAAUAUUUUCGCCUUAACGCAUAAUUUAUGUCUGUUCAUGUCUUUUUUUUUUUUCUACAAAUCAUGCACUACUCAGAAUGGUUCUCUGAAUUAUUUGAAAAUAGAAAGCUCUGUUAAUUGGAACUAAAAGGGUUCCAAUUAACUAGACUGUAAUCAAAGGGAUUCCUUAUGUUGGGAAAUGCUUUUUUAUCAAAUCAUUUGUUGAUAUUAAAGAUGGUUUGUAUAUAACAUCUUUUUGUAUUAAAAUCACUGCACUUGCUUGAACACAGAGCCCUCAAACUUAAAAAAAAAACAUCUCUAGAGGGCCAUUUAGACGUCAAGCUUUAAUUCACCAUCUAUUAAAGGCAAAUAAAGUCAAUGUGAUGCAACCUCUGUGGUCUCAUGUGAAAAUCAGAGUGUAAUUCAUGUUGUCACCAGCAGAGGGCUGAAGAACUGAAUUUCUGUGUUUCAGGAAUGAUUACUGAAGCUUUCACUGUAAACAUAUAGACAUGUUUUCUAAACCUUAAUGACACCAUUUUUAUUUUUUCAUUUAUAUAAAUGACCCUUUCAAAGCGUGCUUUUGAAACAUAUUGUGAAGUGUUUUAUGGAAUGGCCACAAACUCUUAACAAAAAUUAAACAAUUAUUUCAUCA